CACACAUGAGGGGGCGGGGCCAACCUGGAUGGAAACACGGAACUGAGAGGAUGGUAAAUAGAGGGGACGGAGCCAGUGAGGAGACAGCCAAGGAAGUGAAAGACCGGGAGCAGCAGGAAAACAGGGCGAGCAGGUGAUCUAUCUGCUGGUGGAAAGAAUUUCUGUGUUGAAUAGUUGACUAAACUGACUAAAGAGAAAAGGAAUCACUCCUAAGAAGCGUUGCGACAAUGAGAAUACUGCAGACAAAGAAACCAGCUGCUUCCAUUUUAUGUAACUUCCUCAGCUUACUGCUGCUUUGUGAUGCGGCUUCCUCAUCACCCGAUUUUGCAGUUUCCAUUCCAGAAGUAGUUGCCCUUCAAAAUGGCAGCUUUAAAAAUAUAAGUAUCACUGUCAACUUUCCAAUAAAUGAAUCUGCUGUGUUUUUCCUAAACAUUACUUAUUCCUCAACCAACAAGACCAUUGUUCAACUUCCAGAUCGAAUUUUCUUACCAGCAAAUACCCAUGAUUCUGAGUUCACAGCAGAAGCAGUUCAUGUAGGACAGGUUACAGCCUACUUGCAGAGUAAUGUUUCCCACAGAAUUGGGCCAAGAAUCCGCUUCCAGGUCAUUCACAGCUACAGUGUGGAAAUACUACAACAGAUCAUUGGCUGGAUCUAUUUUGUGGCCUGGUCUGUGUCAUUCUACCCUCAAGUCUUUGAAAACUGGAAGAGAAAAAGUGUUGUGGGGCUGAGUUUUGAUUUUUUGGCUCUAAAUCUAACGGGCCAUAUAGCAUACGGUGUUUUCAAUCUCGGACUCUUCUGGAUACCUUAUGUAAAGGAGCAGUUUCUUGUGGUGUACCCCAACGGUGUAUUUCCUGUGGAGGCCAAUGAUGUUUUCUUCAGUCUGCACGCAGUUGCACUUACAGCCAUUACAAUUUUCCAGUGCUGUAUGUAUGAGAGGGGCUCACAGACUGUCUCUAAAGUGGCCAUCUGCCUCCUCAUCAUCGCCUGGCUCUUUGCCUUCUCGGUGCUCUUUGUGGCAGUAGCUGACAAGAUUACCUGGCUCCAGUUCUUGUUCUGCUUCUCAUACAUUAAGUUGGCCAUCACCCUCACUAAAUACUUCCCUCAGGCUUACAUGAAUUUCCAUCGGAAGAGCACAGAGGGAUGGAGUAUUGGGAAUGUGCUGCUUGACUUCACUGGAGGGAGCUUGAGCAUCGUCCAAAUGUUUAUCCAGUCUUAUAACAAUGAUGAAUGGAAUUUAAUAUUUGGAGAUCCAACAAAGUUUGGCCUCGGUGUUUUCUCCAUUGCAUUUGACAUUGUCUUCAUAAUCCAACAUUACUGUCUGUACAGACCGAAACCAGGGUAUCGCCAGAUUUAAAAGAACUGAAUGGACUUGGGCUCCUUUCUUUUUAUAUAGGGAUGCAACGAAAAUCAGCAUUCGGUUUGGAAUUCGGCAAAGAUUCGGCCUUUCUCAGCAGGAUUCGGAUUCGGCCAAAAAAAAUCACGUAAUUUUUUCAUCACCCAAACAAGGAAACCAAAAAUGUUUUAACCGCUCCUUUAGCACCUGGUUCUCUUCCCCUUCCUUUCCCUAAUUUACAUAUGCAAAUUAGGAAUCUGAUUUGGUUCGAUAUUCGGCCAAAUCUUUCACAAAAGAUUCAGUCGAAUCCUAAAAUAGUGGAUUCGGUGCAUCCCCUACUUUUAUGCCUUACCUUAUUGAAAAAAAAAAGUAAGUAAUUGUGCCUAUAUCUGUAAACAGCUUCUGAUAUAACUUGAAUAUCUCACCAGCCUUUCUUAGGUCCUUACAAGACCAGCAGGUUCAUCAUGAAGAAACUUUUGGACAGUUUUUUUUGUGUUUUAGAAAUUUUUAUUUUUUAAUAAGGUGUAUAAUAUUUUUGUAAAAUCUGAAGCAACUCUAAAGAAAAAUCAUAAUACAGAGAGAUAUAAUAAUAUGCAUGUUCAAAAGGGGACACUGUUUGGAGAAAUAAUUCAGAGACGAGUGUUGAUGCCCUUGAAUUUCUGGUUGAAUGAAUGAAUCACAUGGAAAGCACUGGCUGAAUACAGUCAGAUUGUAUCAGAUGUAUGAACUUUGUUACAUAUAGAGGUGUGUUUUAUGUUCAUGUGCCAGCUGUCCAGUUCAUAGAGCAUUUCUCUGGCCUGCCCAGGUCCAUAUGCCGUGCCAUCUAUUAUCCCAUUUUACAUGUCUCUUAAUUUUAUGGCAUUUCACGGGGGACAACUCCGAAAACUGCAAUUCUUCAACUGGGGGUGCAUUGUAACACUUCUAAGUAAGAACCAUCUCUCUGGUCUAUUUUAAUUUCAACUGCUGUGCCUGUUGCAUCAAGUUUUGCAAAUAUAUUUCAUGGUGUGCAGGAAAGGAGGACUUCAUUCUGUUCACAUUACACUGAUAUCCCGAUGAGCAGCUGCUCUAUUUGUCUCACAGUUUUCCAGUAGGUCAGUAAAAGAGGCAAGGGAAACUAAAGUCUAAAAUAGAAUAAGGCUAGAAAUGCUGUAUUUUGUAUACUAAAUAUAAACAUGAACUUACUGAAUCAGAAGCCUGAUAAAACAUAAAAAAGUUGGCCACAGGGGGUCACUAUCUUGUAACUUUGUUAACCAUCUUUGCAAGACCAAGACUGUGCACAUGCUCAGUGUGAUCUGGGCUUCAAUUGGGUGGUUAAGCUUAGGGAUCGUCAUAAAUGAUCAAAACAAUAAUAUAUGCCAGAAGCCCAUACAGCAAGACUGAUGAAUAAUCAGAAUAUGCAGACUGCACUGGGUCCUGUGUUGUCAUUUAAUCUAAUGUGGAUUUUAUAGUUUUUGUAUUGUUUAAUACAAACUUUCUCCAACUCUGCAGAACCAGUGGCUGCAGCAAAACAAUCCUCCAAAAAGAAUCCCAGUUUAUCUGUUUAAAUCUGGCUCCAUGAUCUUUGUCCCUGCAGCUGGAGUUGGAAACAGAGGAUGUAAAGGCAAAAAUAAAAUCCCAUUUUUACUUUAUUAACUGAAAAAGAAACCUAUGCCCAAUAAUAAAUCUGUACCGUUUUUAUAAGUAACGUUACUGUAUGCAGUCAAAUUCCCCCUUCUUUCACUUGCUCUGACUGCUAUGGAUACGAUUCUCUACAUGGUUGCCAGCUGUUCUACAGGGAAACAAACAAAGCUGCUCAAGUUCUGAGAAGUAAAGUGGGAGGGGCUCCUCCUGCUGUUUGAAAGUAUGAUUAGUUUCCCUGCAGAGCAGUUAGGGACUUCUGAAGUUUCCUAUCUACAUUAGUUGGAGCAAGUAAAGAUGGCGAUAGAUGCAAAAAUUUGAUCGUAGGAAUCUCUGUUUUGGGCCGUGUGUGGAGUGGCAAGACAUUUUUAGUGCCAUAGCGAUCGGUCGUUCAGACGACCUGACAGGUUAGAAAAUUUCUGUCGGCUACCGAUAAUAUCUCGGCAUGUAUUGCCGAUCUAACGAUAUCAGUGGGAGACUGUCACCAGCUUUUGUCAGACAUAACUUUCGUACGAUUGCUGUCAGGGGCAGAACAUUGUCUGAUCUGUUCUUUUAUUACUUUAUUUGAUCUGAAUGGUUAGUGGCUGUUCUGGAGAUGGCACCGAUAUGAAGGGGGAAUUUCACUGCAUACAGUCAGGUUUCUUAUAAAAAGGUACACAUUUUUUUAAUUAAAGUAUAUUGGAGAUAGGUUUCUUUUUCACUAAAGAAAGUAAAAAAGAGAUCUUAUUUUUUUCCCUUUAAAGUGGUGGUUCACCUUUAAGUUAACUUUUAGCAUGUAUAGUAUAGAGUGGCCAAUUCUAAGCACGUUUUCAACUGGUCUUCAUUAUUUAUUUAUUUUUAUAUUUUUUU